GCGAGAUCUGUUGCGAAAAGUGUGUGUUUGUUUGUGUGGGUGGUUGCGAGAUCUCGCGAUAUUCCGAGGGACCCCUCCUGUAGUUCUGCACUGCCGCUUCCUGAAACUAGAGAGACAGUGGAGCGCUGCACGAACCGGGACCAGAAACGAACCCCGAGAGCCGAGCCGAGCCGAGCCAGUACGACACCACACCCAGCCCGACGCUGUGGGGGAGACCCGCCGCCGUGCACCCCCGCUCGAUCCUGACACAGGCCGCCUAGCCUCGGGCUCGAGUACCUCUUCCCCCCCGGGCCAGAUCCGCCAGGCCAGGGCCUCUGUCUGGCCCCGGACUUGUUGCCGAGAUGCCUGCGAAGAGGAAGCCGGUACCCCCGGCCUUAAACAUCACGCCUUCAGCGGGGGAGGGAAUGCCUCCCACAACCUCGAUCGAAGCCGCUUCGGAGGCUAACCUGGAGGCCCUGCAGAAGAAGCUGGAGGAGCUGGACCUGGACGAGCAGCAGAAGAAGCGUCUCGAGGCGUUCCUCACGCAGAAGGCCAAGGUGGGCGAGCUGAAGGACGACGACUUCCACCGGAUCUGCGAGCUCGGAGCCGGCAACGGGGGCGUGGUCACCAAGGUGCGGCACAAGCCCUCGGGGCUCGUCAUGGCCAGGAAGCUGAUCCACCUGGAGAUCAAGCCUGCGAUCCGGAACCAGAUCAUCCGGGAGCUGCAGGUGCUGCACGAGUGCAACUCCCCCUACAUCGUGGGCUUCUACGGGGCCUUCUACAGCGACGGGGAGAUCAGCAUCUGCAUGGAGCACAUGGACGGUGGCUCUCUGGAUCAGGUCCUGAAGGAAGCCAGGAGAAUCCCGGAGGAGAUCCUUGGAAAAGUCAGCAUAGCGGUUCUCCGAGGCCUGGCCUAUCUCAGGGAGAAGCAUCAGAUCAUGCACAGAGAUGUGAAGCCCUCCAAUAUCCUGGUGAACUCUCGCGGGGAGAUCAAGCUGUGUGAUUUCGGGGUGAGCGGCCAGCUCAUCGACUCCAUGGCCAACUCCUUCGUCGGGACCAGGUCCUACAUGUCUCCGGAGCGCCUGCAGGGGACGCACUACUCCGUGCAGUCGGACGUGUGGAGCAUGGGCCUGUCCCUGGUGGAGCUGUCGAUCGGGCGCUACCCCAUCCCCCCGCCCGACGCCCGCGAGCUGGAGGCCGUGUUCGGCAGGUCGGUGGGGGCCGGAGCCGAUGGGGCUCCCCCCAGCACCUCCCCCAGACCCAGACCCCCCGGCAGGCCUGUGAGCGGCCACGGGAUAGACAGCCGCCCCGCCAUGGCGAUAUUCGAGCUGCUGGAUUACAUCGUCAAUGAGCCUCCUCCCAAACUGCCACACGGAGUCUUCACCCCAGAAUUCCAGGAGUUCGUCACCAAAUGCCUCAUCAAGAAUCCUGCAGAGAGGGCUGACCUGAAGAUGCUGGUGAACCACACAUUCAUCAAGCGCUCCGAGGUGGAGGAGGUUGACUUUGCCGGCUGGAUGUGUAAAACGAUGGGACUGAACCAGCCCAGCACCCCGACCCGCACUGCAGUGUAGAGGGACAGCAAGCCGGGCACGGGAGGGAGGGAGGG